GGCGCCUGCGCAGUGGGACGGCGCGGCGGAAGAUGGCGACGCCAAACUUCCCCACGCCGCUCUAUGGGCACGUGGGGCGCGGCAUCUUCAGCGACGUGUACGAGCCAGCGGAGGACACGUUCCUGCUGCUGGACGCGCUCGAGGCGGCCGCGGACGAGCUGGCGGGAGUGGAAAUUUGCCUGGAAAUAGGGUCAGGGUCCGGUGUGGUGUCCGCAUUCCUUGCUUCUAUGAUAGGUCCUCAGGCUUUGUACAUGUGCACCGAUAUAAACCCUGAGGCAGCAGCUUGUACCCUGGAGACAGCACGCUGUAACAAAGUCCAAAUUCAACCAAUAAUUACAGAUUUGGUCAAAGGCUUGUUACCACGACUGAAAGAAAAAGUCGACCUGUUGGUGUUUAAUCCUCCCUAUGUAGUGACUCCACCUGAAGAGGUAGGAAGUCAAGGAAUAGAAGCAGCAUGGGCUGGUGGCAGAGACGGUCGGGAAGUCAUGGACAAAUUCUUCCCAUUAGCAUCUGAUCUACUCUCCCCAAGAGGAUUAUUCUAUCUAGUUACCAUAAAGGAAAACAAUCCAGAAGAAAUCUUGAAAAUGCUCAAAACCAAAGGUCUACAAGGGACCACUGCACUUUCCAGGCAAGCAGGACAAGAAAUCCUCUCAGUCCUCAAGUUCACCAAGUCAUAAUCUAUCAAGAGCUACUGGAAACUGAAUGCAUGCAGCCUAUUUAGAAGCUGAAGUCAUUACUUUGCUUAAGGAAUUUUACCAGAAGUUUAUCACUAAGAGAUAGAAGGAUGGAUCAUUCCCUUUCACCAGGGAAUUCCCUGGGAAAUCAAGACAUGUGAAAGUAAAUAUAUAUUUUUUAUAAUUUGAUUUUACACAUAAAAGUUAUGUUUAUAUAUUAGAGGAUGUUUAUUUAAUCAUUAGUUGUAAUGUCAAAAUAGUGAAUCCACCUAAAUGUUGAUCAGAAAUGAGAUUAAAUUUCAAUAUAUCCGUCUCACAUAACACACAGCCAUUAAACAGAAAUCGGGUGUAUAUAUCCUGAACCAGAGGAAUCCAUGAUGCCUUCCUUGAAAUGAAGAAGGCAAGUUGCAGAAGAGUUUUUAUCCUGAAUGUGUAUUUUUGUAAGGAAAGAAAGCUUCAGAUGAAGAAUAUAAUAUGAAGGAUCUUUAACUCUGGUCAUGUUAUCUGCUUUUGCACAGUGGUAAUGUUGGAGGGUUGACAGUGGAUUUCAUAAGUUUAGCCAAGUGGUGACUCCAGUUGCAGCUGGUGUGCCAGCCACGGUUUUCAUUCCUUGAGGAAGUUAACUUAUCUGGAUGCCUGCUGGGUGACUGUCAAGUGCCUUUCUCUACCCUAUCCAUGAAGGCCGGGCAGAGGAAGUUUGCCUUCAAUUGCCAAGGCUAGCAGUUCACCUUCCCUAUCCAGCCCCGUGGCAUUUAGUUUGCAGGGAUCUUGAUCACUCUUCCUUGCUACAAGAUACUCCACUAAUUCAGAACAUCGGUAUUGUAGUGUUUGAAUCAAGUAGGCAGAUUUUUCUGGGAGGAGGCUGGCAUUAGGUAAGAAGUCUGACUAGGACACUUCCACUUGAGUGAAAAUAGAAGGGGUACCAGUGAUGUGGGACAUGUUGAAAUACCCCUUCCAAGGUGAAUAAGUCGUUGCAUUAAUCACUCCUAAACCAAGAGAUACUGUACUUAGUGAGAUUUUUGAGACAAUACCUAUUUUGGUAUGAUACCAGCCCAUUUAUCAAAUGACCCCAAUAGAGUGCUUGUGAGUCCCCCACAGCAAGAGAAGGCUCUGUGACCGGUCCUGGCUGCUCUGCAGGGUGCUAUGCCAGUUAAGCCAUGAUCUUCCACCUGUGGCCUCAUAAGGUGUUCCCUAUGAAGCUAAAGAGACAAGAUAUUUGCUAUCAGCCAGCAAACAAUGGUGUGACACAUCUUGACUGGCAAGUUCCUGGAGGAAAUGAGAAACACAAUAAUCAGUGGUCCAAAGCAGUUCUGAAAUUCAUCCGGGCAGAGGUUGGAAUAGUUUUGAUUAGGACCCAAUCCUGAGAUGAAAUGAUUAAUCAUGGCUCUCGUUUUUAUGUUCACAAAUCCUGUUCCCCCAAGACUUGACUGCUAAGUGUUCAGUACAGGAAGCAUGUGUUUGCCUGCACAAUAGGUUUUCUAAGCUGGUUUAUGCAGUUUAGAGAUCCAAAGUCUCUUAAUUUUGUAUUCUCUGUGUGAAAAUAUGUGAUAUUUAUCUUUGUCAUUCUGGUUUAUUUCACAUAACAUAAUUUCCAGUUCCAUUCAUUUUCCAGUAAGCAAUAUUAUUAUUUUGUCCUUUAUGGAUGAAUAAUACUCCACUGUGUAUAUGUAUUCCACAUUUUCUUCAUACUUCAAUUGAUGAGCCAGGCUGAUUCUAAAAUUUGGCUAUUUUGAGUAGUAUUGUCAUAAAUAUGGGUGUGCUUGUAGCUCUUGGAUAUAUGCCAGAAAUGGCAAAGCAGGAUCAUAUAGUAGCUCUAUUUUUAGUUUUUUUAAAUGAAUGUCCAUACUGAUUUCCAUAGUAGUUGCACCCAAUUUAUAAUUCAUUACAUUAUACUACAAUAUACUAAUGUAUAGUUCAACAUUAGUUAUAUUUUCAAGAUACGCAUUUCUCUACCUAGGCAUCUGCUGAGAUUUCUUAGAGAUUAAUGCAGAACAAUAAAUGGUAAAGAACUUAUGUAUCAUAUUAUUUGAUUCUGAGGUAUACCUUUAAAACAGAGGACCUUUUUUGACUCAACACUACUUUUAUCUGAGAUGUGUGCAUGCACGUGUGUUUAGGUUUAAAUUCAUGUGGCCUAAUAAAGAACCUAGAGAAACUAAAGUGAAAGAAUUUGAAAUCUUGAAAAUAGGCCACUACAUAGUCCACUCAGAACCCUUUUUCUUACAGAUUGGUCAGAAAUUUAAUUUAUAAACAAAGAUAAAUAAGUGCAAACUCCAAAGGCAGACCAAAGAAAAUUCCAAAUAAUAUUUCUGGGAUAUCACCAAGGUCUUUAUUUAAGGGUGAACAGGCUUGUCCUUUUGAAAACCAACUCAGAAAUGCCAUGCCUGAUAUCCAAAAUGCCACCAACAUGUUAAAAUUCUGGCCCUCAAGAGAAAAAAGAAUAAAAUGUAGUCCUCAAGAUAAGAUCACUUAUACACCCAAAGUGUCCUUAUUUGAUAAGAACAGAUCAUGAUAUUUGGAAACAUGACAACUUUCUAAAAUCUAUUAACACUAUCUAAGGGGAAUUAGCACUUAACCAGUCCCAACAUUCUUCUAAACUCCUAGGGAGGAUGGCAAAUAUUAAAGAAUUAUUGGCUGAGUGCCAGUGGCACAAGCCUGUAAUCCCAGCUACCCAGGAAGCUGAGAUCUGAGCCCCAGGCAGUCUCUUUUGAGACUUACUCCAGUGAACCACCAGAAAACUAA